AUGGAGCAGGGACUGAGCAACACCCCGGCCUCAGAGCUGGACAAGUUCAUAGAGAACCACCUCCAACCCAAGACCAGCUUCUGUAAUGAGGUCCGAGCAGACAUCGACAUCAUAUGUGAUUUCCUGAAGGAGAGAUGCUUCCAAGGCACGGCCCACCCUGUGAGGGUCUCCAAGGUGGUGAAGGGCGGCUCCUCAGGCAAAGGCAAAAUGCUGAAGGGCAGGUUCGAAGCCGACCUGGUGGUGUUCCUUAACAAUCUCACCAGCUUUGAGGAUCAGUUAAAGCGACAGAGAGAGUUCCUAAAGGAAAUUGAGAAUCAGCUGUGCCAGUUACAGGGAGAGAAAAAGUUUCCAGUGAAGCUUGAGGUCCUCCGAUCAUGGCGGAAGAACUCCCCUGGGCUAGUCUUGAGGCUGAGCUCCCCCCAGCUCCAGCAGGAGGUGGAGUUUGAUGUGCUGCUGGCCUAUGACCUCCUGGGUAGUGUCUGCUUCUACAGCAAGCCUGACCCUGAAAUCUACAGAAAGCUCAUCAGCGAGUGCAUCUCCCUGAGGAGGGAGGGCAAGUUCUCCACCUGCUUCACAGAGCUCCAGCGAAACUUCCUAAAGCAGCGUCCAAACAAACUGAAGAGUCUCAUCCACCUGGUCAAGCACUGGUAUCAACUGUGUAAGGAGAAGCUGGGAGAGCCACUGCCUCCCCAGUAUGCCCUGGAGCUGCUCACAGUCUAUGCCUGGGAACGUGGAAGUGGAGUCACUGAGUUCAACACAGCCCAGGGCUUCCGGACAGUCUUGGAACUGGUCACCAAAUACAGACAGCUUCGAAUCUACUGGACAGUGUAUUAUGACUUUCAACACCAAUACAUCUCUGACUACCUGCACAGUCAACUCAGAAGAGCCAGGCCUGUGAUUCUGGACCCGGCUGAUCCAACAAGAAACGUGGCUGGUGGGAACCCAGAGGCCUGGUGGCGCCUGGCUGGAGAGGCUACAGCCUGGCUGCAAUGCCAAUGCUCCUUUAAAUGUUCCAUGCCUCAGGUGGGCUCCUGGGAUGUGCUGACGGAAGUUGAUGUGCCAAAACAGGAGGUUCAUCAUUUCCAUCACCUCUGUCUCUUUUUUCUGUCUGUCUUUCUGUACGAUUUUUUGCGAGCUUUUGCUGCUUAG